AUGGGGAGGGCCGGGGGAAGGGGCGUCGCUGCUCGCGUUACGCUUCUAGAGCCUGCAGCAGAGGCGGCGGGGCUGCGCCGCGGAGGAGAUGGGGUUUGCACCAGCCUCUGCAUUUCUCCCCUCGGCCCCGGCGCCACUGCACCUCGCCGGGCCUCGGCGCCCGAUAGGCCGCGCAGGGUGAGCGCGGGCGCUGGCCGGCGGCACCUCGCCCGGGACUGGAGGCGAGGGCGCGGCGGGGCCGCGGCGGGGGGACUCCGCGAGCCGGGCGGCCCGCGCGUCCCCCAAUUGCAGCAGCUCCGGCCGCCGCCCGGCCGCGGCCGGGACGGAGCUCCCCGCGCGCCCCCCGGGGGCCGGCAGCGUCCGGGAGGCGGCGCGGGGCUCGGCCCCUCGGCCCCGCAGCUCCGCGCACCCGGCAGCGGCGGCAGCAGCCGUGGCGCGGGCUCGGGCGCCCCGGCAGCCUCUGAGUCGAUGGCCGGCAGGGACGCGGACGACGAGGGUCCCACGCGGAGGGGCGGCGCGGCGAGGCUUUCGGGGGCCCCCGGCGGGCGGGGAGGCGAGGCAGCCGUCAGCCGCCCCGAGCCGCUGUCCACUGCUGAAGCUCCGGCCGAGGGCGCCGCGCUGCCAGCCUGGAUGCGCCUCUACUUCUACGGGAUGCACGGGAUCACCCUGGACGUGCUCCUGUCUGCGGCGCGGCGCUUCGUUCGCAGCCCCGACCCCCGGAUGCUGGGCUUCUCCUCGCCCUACCACUGCCUCCUGCACGCGCUCACCCACUUUGCCCUGGAGAAGGUCUACCUGCAGCAGCGGCGCUGCGCCAGCGCCUUCGUCUUCAAUUUCCUCCUCUACCCCUCGGCCCACGUGGGGCUGCAGACCCUGGCGGGCGCAUUGCUCACCCGGGGCGGCGGGCCGGGGGGCGCAGCGGCGCCGGGGGCGCUGGACCUGGCUCUGCAGUACGUGCUGGCGCUCUACCACUGCCAAGUGUUCCUGAAGCGCUUCCUGCGCUUGCGGUACCAGCGGCGGCAGCAGCAGCAGCAGCAACAGCUGCUGCCGGGCGCGCCCCCCGCCCCUGCAGGCGCCCGGGUCCCUGCGGCAGCCGGCGGCCGGCGGCGGAGACCUCGCGGCCCCAGGGGCGCCGGGGGAGCCCCCAGCCAGGGGCUGCCGGACCUGCUCCGCUUUCUUUUCUUCGGAAUGCACGGCUUUUUGGACGAGAUCUUCUUCACAUUCUUCUUUAACCUGCUGGGGCAGGGGGACGGGACAAGCAGCGGCCACACGUCUCUCUGGUCCUUCUUUAUGUACGGCAGCUGCAGUUUCGUGGUGGAAAAGCUCUACUUCCACCUCCACUACAGUCGGGGCUGGGGCACCUGGAAGCGAGUGCCCUUCUACGUGAUCUUCAUCUACGCGUGGGAGUUGUCCUGGGGUCUGGGACUCCGCACUUGGGGCGCUUGUUCCUGGGACUAUUCUCACUAUCCGCUCAAUUUCAUGGGCCUUAUCACCCUGAUGUAUUUACCUGGUUGGAUGUUCCUUAGUGUGUACCAGGACCUACUUUCCAACGUGUUGUGGCAGGUGCAGUACGUACCGACUAACUAAGACCAAAAAAAAAAAAAAAAAAAAACAGUCACUGGAUUUCCAUGAAUGAGUGUGAUUUAUAUUUACACACUUAAAACGCGGUGAGGUUUUUUCGGUUUUGUUUUUGUUUUUUAGCCUUUUAAUUUUUAUACAUUUUACUAAACUUUUUCAACCUGUUUUAUUCGAUAUUUUAGUUUUUCUAUUUGGAACUUCUGCAUAAUACUACAAUACUUUGAAAUAUUGCU